CGCCUAAAAAUCGGGCUUUUACCGUUUUCCAAGGAAAAUUGCAUUUCACACACAUGCAUGAAAUAAUCACCAUACAAUUUGGUCAUUUUCCAAAUUUUAUUGGUACACAUUUUUGGAAUACACAGGAAGCAUAUUUCUUAUAUGAUGAUUAUUACGGUACCGCGUCAAAUUCACCAGAGAUCUCGCACGAUGUUUUGUUUAGAGUGGGCGUUACUGAGGGGGUGGGCCUCGAAACAUAUACUCCUAGAUUGAUAAUUUAUGAGCUGAAAGGUGGACUCGGAUCAAUGAGCAGGAGGAAUAGACUUUAUGACGAUUCCUCCAUGAAAGUGCAAUCUCUAACGAAGACAUGGGAUUGGGGGAUUGAAAAACAUGUGAAUGAACCAUACAACAAAAAUGAAUUUUUGAGAGAUUUGGAGGCUGAAGAAGAAACUUCUACUUUACCAAUCGAACAAGAAGCACCAACUGAAGAAAUAAUUUACAACCUUGAAGACUCUGUGAAAGUUUGGUCAGAUUUUAAUCGCGUAUAUUACCAUCCAAAAACUGUGAAUCAGAUCAAUCAGUAUCAGUUUGACGAUGAAUUUAUGCCGUUUGAUGUGUUUUCUUAUGGACAAGAGUGUUUUGUGCAACACGAAAAGGAGGAAUCGACAUUUGACGAUAAUUUUAGGUUCUUUGCUGAAGAGUGUGAUACUAUUCAGGGGAUCCAAAUUUUUACGGAUAUUUUAGAUGGGUUUGGCGGGUUUUCAUGUAACUUCCUCGAGCAAUUACGCCAGGAAUAUCCGAAGAAUGCGAUCCUGACUUACGGAAUUACGAACAGCCAGCGAUUAACUUCACCGCAGUAUUCUCUUGAACAUUACCAUAAACAAACUCUCAAUACCGCAUUCAGCGUAGUACAGCUUAACGAACUGUCAUCAUUUUACGUUCCACUGACCACGCCAGUCCAAGAAUCCAGAAUCUUCAAAUAUAUCCGGCCUAACUUACAUCUCCCAUAUCAUUCUAGUGCAAUACUUUCGGCCGCCAUAGAAACAACGUCUCUCGCUUUUCGAUUACGCCACGGAUUCAUGUCCAUGAUUGAUUUGCUUGGGCAGUUGAAUUGGCGAGGAAAUACUAAAAUUGGGAAUUUAGACUCGGCGUUUCCUCUUUGUGGGGAUACUGAUGUCGAGUCGUUGUUGGACGAUCAAACAGGACUGAUUGAAGAUUUGUCGAUACGAGUUGAAAAUGAAGCGAAAGUAGCUGUUUUUGGUCAGUCUAUUGUAUUAAGGGGGUUUCCUGAUAGCUCUGCAAGUGUGUCUGAAAUAAGAUCCAGUAUAUUACAAAAGUUUGAACAGUCUGGUUGUCCAAAGACCUUGAGAUUGUUAAUUAAUUUGAUAAAUUUUAAAUUUGAGAGCCAUACCACAAAAUUGCCGUAUCCCAUUCCAAACUCUUAUCCACAAUUUUUCGAUCAUUUAAAUAUGACUGGAUAUGUCGAUUUUGACAGAUAUCUGAAUGUUCUUCCUCAAAUAAAUUUCAACCUUUACCCACAAUACGGGGAAGGUGCGCGAGGUUUAACACAAGAUUCUUUUGUCGAGUUGAAAGAGGCGAUGUUUGAUCUUUGUGAUAUUUAUGAAGAGGAGAGUUAA